AUGUUACACUUUGUGGUUUUCCUGUGGCUGUCAUCAGUGAACUGUAGUAAUCAGGAAUUUAUAUCGCAGCUUAUAAGAUCUGAACCAUUGCAAGUAUCAUCUAGGUCGAGUGACGCGCCAGUCUUGCAUGACGGAUCGAAUAGACCUCUCGUAAAUGCGACGGUAAACUCACAAAAUAAAUCACAAGUGAUCGCAAACUGCAACAUCGAUACAAAAAUGUCAGCUUCGAAACAGCCCGCGAAAAAUUUGACAAUUUGUAAAGAUAAUGACAUUGUGAAUAAACCAGACGAUACCAAAUCGUCCAAUAGCACUGGAGAAGACAGCACGAAGAAUAUGGAAGAUAACUCUAUUCUACAACCACACAAUAUAGCUCUUAACAACAUAACUUUUGAAAAUAGAGAUUCUAUUAAUGGUGAUGCUUGCCCCACUGGCUUUGUUAAGAUUGACGACAAAUGUGUGAAAAUACAAUAA